UGGGACUGGGAGGAGUCCAAGCGCCGUCAGGUAGGAAGCAGGCAGCACGUCACAGCGGCUCUCGCGAUAGGUGCAGACGCGAGCUCCGAGGGGAAGCGGCAGCCGGUCGCUGCCCUCGUCGGCGCGGUACUGGCCUGCCCGCUUCCGGCUCUACUCCAGUCAGAGCGAGGCUGGGAGUGAGGUGGACAAGACGACACAUCCUGCAAUCAAAUGUUUCCUACUUCAUCUCCUGACAGGUCAGGUCACUGCAUGGCUGUUGGGCACUGUGUUCUGGGGAGACAAAGUUUCCUGUGAGCAUCCUGCAUGUGAUGGCAAGGUGGUGUCUGGCCCGGACUGUUACUGUGGUGUCCCUCACUGUAACUCUGUCUGCUGUUGCUGUCAGGUACCCUAGCUGCCGACUCCUCCACCCACUACUCCAUCCAUUCAGAGAGCUGGCCUACAGUAGCUCAGUUCCAGUACAUUGGUUCCAUUCUUACCCUGUCAGCAUGUUGAGCUGUUACAAUCCAAAUGAAAAUGUCCACAACAAAGCUCACACCUCCCCAUAUCCAGGGUCAAAGGUUGAGCGCAGCAAAGUACCUACUGAUAAAGUGGGCUGGCUAGUUGAGUGGGAGGAUUACAGACCUGCGGAAUACACUGCAGCCUCUGUCUUGGCGGGACCUACGUGGGCAGAUCCGCAGAUCAGUGCCAAAAACUUUUCUCCCAGAUUCAAUGAGAAGGAUGGACAAGUGGAGAGAAGGAGUCUGAGUGGCUUGUAUGAGGUUGAAAAUGGGAGGCCCAGAAAUCCGUCAGGCAGGACGGGACUGGUGGGUCGAGGAUUAUUAGGGCGCUGGGGACCAAACCAUGCUGCAGAUCCUAUUAUAACUAGGUGGAAGAGAGAUAGCAGUGGCAAUAAAAUAACUCACCCAAUCUCUGGCAAGAACAUUUUACAGUUUGUAGCAAUCAAGAGGAAAGACUGUGGGGAAUGGGCCAUCCCAGGGGGUAUGGUAGAUCCAGGAGAGAAGAUUAGUGCCACACUGAAACGAGAAUUUAGUGAGGAGGCCUUAAACUCCUUACAGAAAUCCAGAGCAGAGAAGGAAGAGAUGGAGAAGCAAAUGAACAGACUCUUCAACCAGGAACAUUUUGUGGUGUAUAAGGGAUAUGUGGAUGAUCCUCGUAACACAGAUAAUGCCUGGAUAGAGACAGAAGCUGUGAACUACCAUGACGAACCUGGUGAGACGAUGGAUAACUUGCUUCUGGAAGCAGGAGAUGAUGCUGGGAAAGUGAAAUGGGUUGACAUCAGUGAGAAACUCAAGCUAUAUGCAAAUCAUGGCAACUUCAUCAAACUUGUAGCUGAGAAAUGGGGAGCACACUGGAAUGAAGACCCUGUUCCUGGCUGCCAUAAGUGAUGCUACUGGAAACCGAUGCAAGUAUAAAAAGGAAAAGAACAUGUUACUUUAUUUAGAGAGGCCAUCUUUUGUAUCUUCAGUUUUGUUAGUGUUCAGUACUGGGUAUAAAUUGGUACAUUAAUUGCCUUUUGGUCAGAAACUAGUGCUAUACGUGGUACAUAAUGGUAAAUACAUCAGACAUGAAGGGCAAAAAGCAUAUAGAAGCGCUCCAGUUAAAUAGCUGGAAUAUUCUAUGACUGCAGUUAGGCAUGGCCUAAACCAAAGCAUCUAUAAGACUUUUCUCUUCACAAAACUCUAGAAUCCAAACUGGGAUGAACUCAGACUAAAAACAGACUUUGCUAUCACGUUCUCCAUUGCCUUCUCCGUAGUGAUUUCCAUUCAGCUCUUAACAACUGCAGACAGACAUGGCAGUGCCGAGAUUCUAAAUUGUCUUGAUUUUUGUACUAAUUUGUUGGCUUGGAAUUUAGCUUUGUGUGCGUUUGCUGAUAUCUCAGGAAGAGAAACUUUUCAGGUAGGCAUGAGGUUCAGUGUGAUGAGCUAAGUGAUGAUUUACUAAUUGUGAUAUGAAAGUUAUAUAAUAAACCAAAAACUAAAUGAAUUCACUUUCGCUUUAGGAAACCACUGGCAAAAAAAUAAAAAAUCUUGUCUGAGAAGUGAGUACUCCUGAUGUUGAGUAUCAUGAGUAUUUUGGUAGACUGAAUUGUUGUUGUGUUAAUCACUCAUGAACAAAUCCAGUAAUGAAUUUGAGUUGUGAGGAACCUCUAAUACAAGGUUGCCCAAAUAUUGUGACACAAAGGGUCAAACUGCUAAUUUGCCAGGGAAGCCAAGGGUAUGAUCCAGUAUGCAUGUAUUUUAUUCCAAGACACAUUUAUAAGUGCACAUUACCAGAAUAUUUGCUUGUACUUGUGCCUUCCUUGAUAAGAGACACACAGGUUUGGUUGAAUUUGCCAGCAACUAAGAACCUGUAGCUGAUCUGUUUGUAUUUUCCUGCUGUUAAAGCAUGAAAAUGGCUUUCUGGGCUAUAUAUUAGGACUCUGUGGGCUGAAUUUUACUCUUGGGCUACUCUUCAGGCAACUUUGCUCUGAGUCAUCUCAUCUUUCCCCUAGCACCGUGCUAGAGCAGAUCUUUGUUUUCUUUUUUAGAUCCUCCGUAGAAGAUCCCUGAUUGAUGUGUAUCGUGCCUGGCUAAUUGAAUAUCUCUAAUAAUGCUAACCCUGAUAAUGCUGCAUUUGGUUGCUGACAAUCCCUCAAUGUUGCAGUACUCUCAGGGAUAGCCUGAUGACUCCAACAUUGGGGGGCGAAAUUACAUCAAAAAUGUCUGCUGGCAAGUGCUAAGAUUCAGCUCUAGAAAGGACUUUGAAUGUGGUCCGCUGAUUGGACACACAACUACACUCAACCAUAAGCAUCAUUACGGAGAUGUUUCGACCAGCCCAGUACCAUGGGUUCCCCGUGUUACGCAGCAUCACUCCUCCACACAUCCAUUGUGAGGAUGCUCUCGUCCGAAUGGUUGAGAAGAUCAGGGCAAACCUGAGCCUACCACCAUUCACAGACAUCUUUGACCACCCAACAGUACGUUUGUUGUCAAGGCCCCUAUUGUGGGCCCACUUGUGAUGUCGAUGUGGUUUGAGCAAUGGUCUGCAGCUGAUGUCGGAAACCAUUCUCUUCUAACUGACCCAGCCAUGUGUGGACCCAGCCGUGAUUUGCCCACACUGCUCAUGUGUCCUUCUGAACCAAUUUCAAAUGGGCCAGGGUAAAUAUGCAGCCAACCCUCACAUCUGGGGCCAACAAAAGGAUUCCAUGUGCAGCUGUGGCCAAAAACAGACAAUGCCACGCAUCACUGGCGACUGCCCUGUGACCAGAUUUGAUGGUAGUCUGAGGGACUGAACUUUGCUGCUGCCAUAAAUUGACUUGGCAAACUCCACUUUUAAUAAGAAGAAUACCCUGCAUCCCUCCCCCCCUUUGUUGUGUGUUCCGAUGUUUAGCUGUUCAUAUGUAUGAUGUUCUGCCAGUGUUUAGCUUGAGUUGUCCUUACUUUUGCUUAAGUUCACCUUAUUUCUGUCCACUUACUCUAGUAAUUGUCUGCAACACAUGAAGGGUUGGUAUGUCUCCUCCCACCCUCCUUUAUAUUUAAUAAGUUGAGCUCUUUACCUUUCCUUACAGACCUUGCUUCUAAGUAUGUUAUCCUUCAGGUAUGCUUUACGCUCUCUGCCUUCAAAUUCUAAAAUAAUGUGACACCCAAAAGUGAAUUCAGCAUUUUUUGGCUGUUGUGCUCAAUAGUUAGAAUAACAUUUUUUUUUGCUUGUUUUACAGGAGGUGCACCUCUUUAAUAUAGCACUUGUCUUUUCUGUGACUGUCUGCUACAUAAUUGCAAAUAAGCUCUUCAAAACCAAACAAUGCUGAAACUUCAAACUGUAUCAAAGUGUAACUGAUGCCAGCACAAUGUGUAUUAUCAGAGUUGUUGACAGUGUUUGGUGGUUGAAGCUUUUGUGCGGAUUUCUUGCUUCCCCCCACAAAUCAAAUGGGCAGGAUGAAAUUGUCAACAUGAAUAGAAAAUUCCAUUGCAUACUAUAUUCUUUUGCAGUUCGUUACUCUCUCAGCAUCACUGAUAAUAUCUGAGAGUGAUAUGUCAAACAUGUUCACCUCCAGAGGGCUGUUGAGGAAAGUCAGAUAAUGAGUUAAGGCUCAUUUUUCAAUGCUCUCCUAUCAGGAAUCAGGGCCUGGAGCUGAGCCAGUCUCUGGGCAACCUAAUGAGCACAGCCUGUAGUAGGCCGCCUGAUUGGCUCCACUGUCUUAUUAGUGGGAAGAGUCUGCUCAAAGCAUUUGCAGACUUGGCUGCAGUAGCUCCUGUGCCUGCUGGUUCCCAGCCUUGCUCCUACCUUGUUUCAGUCCUGGUGUUGCCCAGGACCCAGCCUUGCUAUGAAAUCAUUGUUGGCUCCUUCAUAGGAAAAUGAGUAAGUGUUAUUAAAGGCAAUUGAGUUUCUCCAAAUCCAUGGAACACCUACAUGCUUUACAAUUACCUGCUAUUUGAGUGUCUCUCAAAGACUCUUCACCUUUAACUUCACACAAACAAUUUAAGCUGCUAUUUCUUAAGUUUCCCAAUGUCUCCUAGUAUGACUGGUCUUUUGCAAGUCAUUUACUUAAUGGUCACUCUUCAACCCUAGGGCAAAAUUCUGCCAGUUGCAAGUGUGGUUAUCCAGUCCUCACUGUGCUACAAAAACAUAUGGAAGGGAUGGGUAGUUAUAUGCUGUAAAAAGUUUAAAGAGCUGAUAGUAUAAUUCAGUGUUCAUUAGGAGUUAUUCUCAUCCCUCAGUUGUCAUUGGUUGUAAGCGAAUGGGAGCCACAGGAAAGAAAGCACAUGAGGAGUAUUUAGGAAUGCAGUUAAUUUGUGACACUUGUAGAGGUUUGUGAAGUUUGCCCACCUGUUCACUCCAGUCUGCAAAAUGGCUAAUUGAAUAGUUGCCAUCUAAAAUAUGAGGAGAAAUAAUAUAUAUCCUUUACCAACUCUAUUGCUUACAAAUUUUUAAGCACUGCUCUAAGUUUGAUUUUUUGUUUUUGCUUCUGCUGCUACACAGGACUAAUAUUUUGGAAUAGGGUCCCAUUAUCUGUGAUACUAUCACAACUAAGAAUGGACCUUCAUGUUGAUCAACUGAUUUGAAAGACUAUUCAGUACUUUACACUUUUUUUUUUUAACCAUUCCCAAGAUAGGGAAUGUGGAUUUUUUUUUUUUUUAAUUGGUGGUGAAGAAGAAAUAGUGGUACAUUUGUUGCAAGAGUAGGAAAUGAGAAAAAGGCUCUUGUGGGAAGUAGCUUUGGGAAAGUGUAAAACUAAUCUAGCCAAAUUAUGUCUGCUUGUGGCUAUAUUGUAACAGAAAAGGAAGGACUUAAAACUAAAAACCCAACUUACAUGCCAUCUAUAUGCUUGUUGGAUAAACUUUGCAAUCAGAAAUUUUUAUACAACUGUGCAUAUGUUUCUGGAAGUGUUAAGAGUCAAAAGAAAUAGUUCUUACUGAAUAUUGCAAAAGUUUAGAUCUGUAUAUUGAAGAAACAUUAAUUGUUCUGGUCCAUGAAUGCUGUUUUUAUUAAAAUUUCAUAGUCAUAUUGUCAUUGAAUUUAUGUUUAAUCAAGCAUCACUGAGUUAAAAUCAAAUUAAAUAUAGGAAUGUUUUAUGCAGCUUUUUCAUUCUGUGUUGUAUGUGAAAGAUUUAAAUUUCCAGGAGGGGGAGAGGACAGAGGAAAGACUAAUACUAGGGGUUUGUGUACAAACAAUUUUCUGAUUUGUUCUUAUUGAUAGUCUCUAUGUAUCAUUUAAAUUUCAUUACAGAAACAGAAGAACUAAUUUGUUUCAAUUAUUAAUAUAUAGGCAAAAAGCUAGUAGUCUCAUUUUUCUGUAUUUAAGAGCAGUCCGUAGUUAGAGAUUUAUUUUAGUGUCUUCUCCCACUUUCUCCACCACCCUCCAAUUCACUUGCAUAAAGUUGUUCUAACUAUAGAAGUUGUGCCGCUAUAGUUAAAGAAACCUAUUUUCAGGGUGUUACAAAUCCUGUACGAAACAUUCAAAUACAUUUUUGUGUUUGAGGUUAAAAUCUGAUGGGGCCACUCUUUUCACUUCUAUACAGGGAGGAGAUCUGGAGAAUAAGAAAGAAGUACUGUUUCUACUGAAGUUUCUCUGUGGUUACCACAUGGUUUUUGGACUCUACAGGUCAGGAGGAGCAGUAGAUGUGACUGGGAGAAUGGCUACUAUCCAGUGCUUUAUCCCACUAUAAUUACUGGAGACUGACAGCAUUAUUUAAGCAUGUGGUACAUCUCAUUAUGUUAUUUCCUUGUACAAUCCUAAAUAAUUUCUCCCUCCAUGGUAUGUACAUCCUUCAAAGAUUGGUGUCCUGUGUCACUGCACAUUCUUUGUUCCCUUGUUUAUCUCCACACUUCAUAUAAUUAGCUCUUUUAGUAUUUCAUCAUCUUGCUCUUUAUUUUCAUCUGAACUUUACUACAAGUACAGUAGAGAAUAAUUCUGUAUGGGAGGGGAGAUGGAUUUUAUUUCCGGUGGAAAGUAGUCAUGCCACAAUUAUGUUAAUAGAAAAUCAAGGACAAUAAGGAAGUGAAAAUGUUUUGAUUUAAAAAACAAAAAUGAGAAGGCACAAAUUGUCUGUCAUUUAAGCUUUCAAAUAAAAAUUGCUUAUAAAUAGA